AGAAGGCCCUGUCCGCUUCCUGUAUGGAAAGACGAGUAAAACGGAAGAGUGCAUGAUAAAAUAUGGUUUAGCGAGAAGAAAAUGUGAUUUCGCUUUAGGAAAUGCAGAUUUCAGUUGACGAAUUCAUCAAAGAGUCUUGGGAUGACUACAAGUCGCCGACGACGUCGACAUUUGCCUCCAAAAUGGGGCAGUGUCGACAGGCGGUGUCAUUUUUGGAGGAGACACUGGACAUGGACCGGAGUGGGCUGACCAAGAUGAAGAAAUCGGUCAAGGCUCUGUAUAAUUCUGGAACAAUGCAUGUUGCAAAUGAAGCCUAUUUUUCUGAGAACUUGGAGAAACUGGGGAACAACGCUCGCAUUAGAGAGAAGGAGACAGAAAUCGGUGCUGCAUUCAUUAAAUUCUCCCAUGUAACAAAGGAAUUGUCUUCCAUGAUGAAAAAUCUAAUGUCCAACCUGAGCAACAUGAUACUGUUUCCACUGGACUCCUUCCUUAAAGGAGAUCUCAAAGGAGUCAAAGGAGACCUGAAGAAGCCCUUUGAUAAGUGUUGGAAGGAGUAUGAAAACAAGGCAACUAAGAUCGAGAAAGAGAAGAAACAACAGGCCAAGGAAGCUGGAAUGGUUCGUACAGAGGUUACUGGAGCUGAGAUUGCUGAUGAAAUGGAAAAGGAAAGAAAAAUGUUUCAGCUCCAGAUGUGUGAAUAUCUCAUAAAGGUGAAUGAAAUUCGAACAAAGAAAGGUGUGGACCUCUUGCAGAGUCUUGUUGAGUAUUAUCAAGCUCAAAACAAUUUCUUCCAAGAAGGCAUGAAGACAAUCAACCAUUUUCACGGCUUCAUAGAACAGCUUGUCAAACAGCUGCACCAGAUUAAACAGAGACAGGAGAACGACAAAAAACAGCUGCUAGAGUUGAGGGAGACACUCAAGGGCUGUGUAACCCAGUACAAAGAGCAUGCUCACCAUCGGUUGUCAGGAGGCUGGGUACAGCCCACUACGAACUCGAGCUCAGUUCCUCGGUAUAACCUCCAUCAGCUGCAGGGGAAUAAGGCUCACGGCAGCGAGAAGGUCGGCUACCUGUUGAAGAAAAGCGAGAGUAAACUACGGCGCAACUGGCAACGUCGACGCUGCAUAAUAAAAGACAGUUUACUCUAUAUCAGCCACCAUGAUGAAACGAAAGACCCAGUGAAGCUGAAUCUACUGACGUGUCAAGUUAAGUUGGUUCCUGAUGAUAUGGGCAAGAAGUGCUUUGAUCUUGUUUCAUCCUCCAAUAAUCGGACGUAUCAUUUUCAAGCAGAUGAUAUGAAAGAUAUGGAGGUAUGGAUAUCAGUAUUAAAUAACGCCAAGGAGGAAGUGUUACUCAAAGUCUUCCAGGACAGCAGCAACUCUCCGUCCUUGAACCAAAGCGUGCGGGAGCUGACCUCCAGUAUUAUCGACCGGGUCAAGCGGUUGCCUGGCAACAGAUUAUGCUGUGACUGCAACGCUUCAGAUCCUGAGUGGCUAUCGACCAACCUAGGAGUGUUGAUAUGUCUGGAGUGUUGCGGUAUACAUCGUCAGCUGGGUGUGCACGUCUCACGGACACAGAGUCUCGUUAUUGAUGACUUGGGCACGUCACAGUUGUUGUUAGCGCGGGUUGUUGGCAAUAGUAAUUUUAAUGACAUCAUGGAGGCAACUUUGGAUACCAACGCCAAACCGAAACCGUCUAGUCAUAUGGAUGUUCGUCGUGAUUUCAUUCGAGCCAAAUAUGAGCUCCGGAAAUAUGCAAUAAUUACCUGCACCGACAAAGAAGACUUGAAGCAGGAUCUCAAACAAGCCAUUAUAUCCAAGGAUAUAUUUGCCUUGAUGCAAGUCUAUGCAGAAGGCUUAGAUCUGAUGACAGUGCUACCUGAUCUUCAAAAUGAUGAAACAGGACUUCAUCUUGCAAUAAUUGAAGAAGACGGUACUUCACUUCCUAUUGUGGACUUCAUUGUUCAGAAUAGUUCUAUAGGCAGCCUGGACAAGAAGACGCGAGACGGAAACACCGCACUGCACCUGUGUGCCGAACUCAACCAGACCGAGUGCAUGAAGCUCCUGUUACGUAGCAAACCCGACCUCGCCAACAUAGAGAACAAACAGGGCAAGACGCCGCUCGAAGUCGCCAAGGAUAACGAUAAUCAGCUAUGCGUUGAACUGGUGAAGGCGGCUCUGGGAAACAAGAAGGAUCUGUUUGCCCACGUCAACAUAGACUGGGAUCUCAUGAACGAAGACCGGGUUUUUGACGGAGAUUACAGUGAUGAUGAUCUUGAUGGCACACCUGACAAGUCUAAGCCUCGUUCACGACCCCCGAGUCUCAUUGUGAUGCCAGAGGGUGGUUUAUUCAACAUUAACCGAGACCGCUCCGAUUCAGAUGGGAAAAUCCCACCACAGCCACCUCCACAACAGAACAAACCUAAAAAAAUUGCCAAGCUGCCGAGGAAAGUUGCAGGCCUCAACACCAACUUGACGAACGCAACCGGCCAGAGCUACAGCAACAACAUCAACAGCAACAGCAGCAGCAGCAGCACUCAGUCGACCAAUGUGAACAACCAUGAAGGUCAAGGUCAUGGUCAAGGUCAAAGUGCCGAGACGAUCACGGCCAGGACGAACCCGCCUCUACCACCCCGCAGCAAGAAACCUCCCCCGCCUCCUCCCCCAACCGGCGUGGGUUCCGGUGGUUCCAGCCAUGUUCGGAACCGGUCUGAGCCGGACGUCUCGUACCUCAUCCACAAGAGAACGGUGUCGGAACCCCCACCUCGACCUGGUAUCCCCCCGGACUUCCGUAACACUAUUAGCAUUCCAGCAGAAAGUGAUUCAAGUGGUGCAAAACUGGUGCUUCCAUUCCCAUCUCAUCUAGGCACUGGAGACACACAGAAAACUUCAGGUGCGACACCGUAUCAAAGAGCAUCAACUUUAAAAGAAGAAAGUAAAAGUGAAAGAAGCAAGUCAAUAGACCGAGGCGAUUCGCUGCCUGGCCAACCACCCCCACUCAAUCCAAAACCAGUGAUGAAGACAACGAAGGACGUUGGUCGACUGUGUCGCGCUCUGUACGAUUGUGAGGCAGACAACGAGGACGAAUUGACAUUCAAGGAAGGGGAGGUAAUCAGAAUUAUCGGCGAAGAGGAAGAGCAGUGGUGGGAUGGAGAAGUGCAAGGUCAGCCGCGCAGAAGGGGAUUGUUCCCAAAGAGCUUUGUCUCCUUUAUAACGGAAUGAAUCUGUGAGAUGACGGCCGGAGCUUUGUUUUAGUGGAGGAAUAAUAUGAAUGUCAGAACUAUUCUUGUGGUAUUUACAGGUAGACGUAUGAUCUGCAAUGACAGUGGUAUAAAUGUCAUGACUAUUAACUACAUGUCGACAUACAAAUCUGUAUUGGCAGUACUGUGCUAUGGUACAGUCAAAACAAUUGUCAUAACUUUUUAUCUUAGUACAUGAUCUGCAAUGUCAGUGGCAUGAGUUACUGAACUUACAUGUAAAUGUCAUGACUAUAGGCUAUAACUACAUGUAAGUAGCUACAUGUAACAUGUCGACACAUGAAUCUGUAUUUACAGUACUGUGCUAUGGUACAGUUAUAACGGUACUCUGAUUGACGACAAACGAGUCACCGGAAGGGUGAACACAAUUUCCUUUUUAAGAACAAUUGUCACAACUUUUAUCUUGGUACAUGAUCUGCAGUGAUAGUUCUGUGCUACAGUGAAGUAAUGACCAAAUUUUAAUAUCAUGAAUAUUAUGGAAUUCAGACGUUUUGGUCUGCAUUAACAAUGCUGUGUUUUACUUAAAUACACAGAUGUCAUAAAAUACUGUCAUGCUAUUCAGACAAUCUUGUAUACUCUGUGCAAUUACUGUGCUAUAGUAAAUGACUAUUACUCUUAUUUGCAUGGAAUUCAGACAUAUGAUCUGCAAUGACAAUGCUGCGUUUUGCUAAAAUAUUAGCACAGAUGUCAUGAAAAUACUAUAAAUAUUAUCAUAGUCUUUAGACAAUGUCAUAUAAUCUGUGCAAUGACUGUUUUCUGUAGUAUAGUAAUGUGACAACGUAAAUGACUAUUACUCUAUUAGUAUGGUAUUGGGACAUUAUCUGCAUUGACACGACUGUAUUUUACUCAAAUAUUAGCACAAAUGUCAUGAAUUCUAUCACAGUCUUUAGACAAUGUCAUAUACAUGUAACCUGUGCAAUCACUGUGCCAUAGUAAAGUAAUAACAGAAAGGACUAUGGUAUUUAAACAUGAUCUGCGUUAACAAUGCUGUGUUUUACUGAAAUAUUUGUACAGAUGUCAUGAAAAUACUGUCAUGGUCUUUAAACAAUAGUAUAUGACCUUCAAUUACUGUGCUAUAUUAAAGUAAUAACAGAAAGGACUAUGGUAUUUAAACAUGAUCUGCGUUAACAAUGCUGUGUUUUACUGAAAUAUUUGUACAGAUGUCAUGAAAAUACUGUCAUGGUCUUUAAACAAUGUUAUAUGAUCUACAAUUACUGUGCUAUAUUAAAGUAACAACAGAAAGGACUAUGGUAUUUAAGCAUGAUCUGCGUUAACAAUGCUGUGUUUUACUGAAAUAUUUGUACAGCUGUCAUGAAAAUACUAUCAUGGUCUUUAAACAAUGUUAUAUGAUCUACAAUUACUGUGCCGUAGUAAAGUAACAACAAAAAUGACAUCUAUUACUCUGUUAGCAUGGUAUUUGGACAUGAGCUGCCUUGACAGAGCUGAGUUUUGUAAUAACAAAAAUAUCUUGAAGAUUAUUGUGGUAGUUAGACACAUGAAUUUGUAUUGACAGUGCUGUGUUGUUUGUAAGACAAGUAAUAACACAAACAACAUAUUUAGACAUAAAUCUGGACUACAGUGCAAUAAUGACACAUCAUGGCUGUCGCAGUUAACAAUACAAGUGUCAUAGACUAUUAUCUUGGUUUUUAGACAUGAAUACAUCUAUCUGUGUUUGCAGUGCUGUACUAUAGUGAAGUAACGACACAAAUUUCCGUGUGCUUAUAAAACUUUCAGAGUCUGGUCUAAAAAGAGAAUUAAACUAAUGUCAUGACAACACCAUACAACUUGUAUGGGUGUGACAUUGUUAGAGAUUGAGUCUGGAGUUUUAUAAGCUUGGUCCCAGAACAUCCUUUGGAGACCAGAAUCCAUCUCGUGUCCGUAACCUCAGCUGAAGACUUUAAUUUAAUCUGUGGACCUCAGUCUAAUCUGUGGACCAGGGCCCGUGCUUAUAAAACUUUUAGAGUCCAGACUCAAUCUCAAAUGACGUCACACGCAUACAAUUUGUAUGGCGUUGUCAUGGCGUUAGUGUCUCAGACUCUAUUAGAGUCUCAAGUCUAGACUCUAAAAGUUUUAUAAGCACCAUGACAUAACAUCCUUUGGAGACCAGAAUCCAUCUCGUGUCAAUAAUAUCAGCUGACGUCUUCAGUUUUAUCUGUAGACCUUUGUAAUCAGUGGACCAGAUGUGUUUUUUGUUCUGUCUCACGUGCAUUGCAUAAUGAAGCGUACAUACUGACUACUUUGGUCAGUCUGUUGGUUUGUCCGUUUGUCUGUCAUCAGUUGAUUAAUGUUUAUUGUUGACUCAGUCACCACAAUCAUCAUUAUAACUAAGACCUGUCAAUGUUCCAGGAUUCUGCGGGUGUCUUCCGGUAUUUAAUCAAGUCUCCUGUUCUGCCCGGGAGGAAGUUUCUUUUUGGAAAUCAUUAGUUUCUAAGCAUAACAAAAUGUCCAAUCUGUGUAUCAUGGUAACGUAAUAAUUGUAAUCUACCGUGUCAUCGUUGAUCAAUCCAUAUAAAUGGCACCACCCCACUUUUUGUUAUGCUUGUGUAAUUGUAAGUAGGUACAUAUAGCAGUGUGUGUGUUACACAAACUAGUAGACAUCCACUUUAAAACGAUGCAGCUAUGAAAUGCAAUGGUUUCUAUAGUGCUUUGGUAAGUUAUCAGAAUUAUGCAAUGAUCUUCCUUGAUAGUGACAAUAACAUCACUAUAUUAUCAGAAUUAAAUGACAUGCAUCUUUCCUGACAAUGAUGUCAAUGAUGGCUUAAAUAUGUUAUCACAAUUAUGUAAUGUUGAUCUUCCCCUUAUAGUGAUAAUAACAUAAAUAUGUUAUCAGAAUUAACGUAAUGUUGAUCUUCCCCUUAUAGUGAUAAUAACAUCAAUAUGUUAUCAGAAUUAACGUAAUGUACAUUACUUUCCUGACCGUGAUAGUAACAUCAGUAUGUUAUCAGAAUUAACGUAAUGUUGAUCUUCCAUGACAAUGACACACACUAUAUUACCAGAAUUAUGUAACAUAUAUCUUCCCUGACAAUGACACACACUAUAUUAUCAGAAUUAUGUAAUGUAGAUCUUCUCUGGGGACAAUGACAGACACUAUAUUAUCAGAAUUAUUUAAUGUAGAUCUUCCCUGACAAUGACACACACUAUUAUAUCAGAAUUAAUUAAUGUAGAUCUUCCCUGACAAUGACACACACUCGCUAUAUUAUCAGAAUUAUGUAAUGUUGAUCUUCCCUGACAGUGACUGACACACACUAUAUUAUCAGAAUUACAUUGUAUGUAAUGUUGAUCUUUCCUGGCAAUGACACACACUAUAUUAUCAGAAUUACUUUGUAUGUAAUGUUGAUCUUUCCUGGCAAUGACACACACUAUAUUAUCAGAAUUACUUUGUAUGUAAUGUUGAUCUUUCCUGGCAAUGACACACACUAUAUUAUCAGAAUUACUUUGUAUGUAAUGUUGAUCUUUCCUGGCAAUGACACACACUAUAUUAUCAGAAUUACUUUGUAUGUAAUGUUGAUCUUUCCUGGCAAUGACACACACUAUAUUAUCAGAAUUACAUUGUAUGUAAUGUUGAUCUUUCCUGGCAAUGACACACACUAUAUUAUCAGAAUUACAUUGUAUGUAAUGUUGAUCUUUCCUGGCAAUGACACACACUAUAUUAUCAGAAUUACUUUGUAUGUAAUGUUGAUCUUUCCUGGCAAUGACACACACUAUAUUAUCAGAAUUACAUUGUAUGUAAUGUUGAUCUUUCCUGGCAAUGACACACACUAUAUUAUCAGAAUUACAUUGUAUGUAAUGUUGAUCUUUCCUGGCAAUGACACACACUAUAUUAUCAGAAUUACAUUGUAUGUAAUGUUGAUCUUUCCUGGCAAUGACACACACUAUAUUAUCAGAAUUAUGUAUUGUAGAUCUUCCCUGGCAGUCUAUAUAAUUAGAUUUGGUGCUUCCUUGUUUUUUUGUUUGUUUUUAAUUUUUUUAUAUAUAUAUAUUGAAAAUAAGAUUAUAGUAAAUACAUUUCAAGUGAAAAACACUAGAAUCUGAAAGUGGAUCUUGUUCACUGGCGUAAUCAUAAUUCCAGACUGUUUCUUUUUCUGCAUACAAUUAUUAAAAAAUAUCAUUAAAAAUAAAAUGUUGAUAGAUCCUGUAUGUAAACCAUGGGUUCGGGGUUACAAGCAAUUUAAAAGAUGACCAAAUUUUUGUUUGUUUGCUUUCCAUUAAAAAUGUAGUCAGAUGAAGUCUUUCAUUGUGAUCAGGUGCUUUUCGUGUUGUUAUGUUUAGAUGGUAGACUAUAUACAUUCAUUUUAUAUUCAUUUAGUAUUAAUACCUUUCCAAUGGAAAUAUUCUUUUUAAAUGUACACGGUAGAAUAAAAAAGAUAAUGUUUUUUUGUUUUUUUUUAGAAAUAAACAAAAUUUAGGGGAUUGGUUUUUUCAUAUCUACACGUUGCCAUUUUUGUCAAAAUUAACAUUUAUAAAGUUUUUAAAAAAAAUUGUGUAUUAAAAUAAUUGUUGAUAGUGUGUAUAAUAUACAUGUACAUAGUGUUAAGACUCCUGUUAUAUUGUUCAUGACUGGUAUAUCAAAGGCCAUGGUAUGUGAUGUCCUGUCUGUGGGAAAGAACAAAUAAAAGAUCCCUUGUUGCUAAUGAGGAAAUGUAGCUAGUUUCGUCUUAAGACCGCAUGUCAAAAUUACCAAAUUGCCGGUGAUUAAUAAAUCAAUGUGCUCUAGUGGUUUUGUUAAACAAAAAUAGACUUUAACAUUAACUCCUUUUUUUUUUUACCAUUUAUUUGUAUGAAUACUCAAAUACUCUUGCUCAUUUAUGAGGUUUGAUCAAACACUUGAAACAGUUCUCGGCCUCACUAGGACGGACUUGCACUAUGUGCAUACCUACCUGUUUCUUUUUAACAUGCAUGUAGUGAUUAUGUAGUCCCCUUGGAAGUCCACACAAUUCUUCCAGUGGUGCUUCUGUGCGUCAAUCACUCUCUUUGCAGAAAAAAAACCCCUCUCUAACAGAAAUGACCUCAGUAUCAGUUGCAUAAAGCCUGUCAGCUAACACCUUUUUCAGAUUAGAAAAUAGGUGCAAGUCAGAUGAUACUAGAUCUGGGGAAUAUAUAGUGGGUGAUCGAUAAGCUAGAAGCCACAGUCAUGCAGUCCAGCCAUGGUGACCUCCUACACCUUUCAUGAAACCUUCAUCAUGGCCAUGGUAUGUACUACCCUGUGUGGGAUGGUGCAUAUAAAAGAUCCCUUGCUGUAGCCCAUGAAGUAGUGACAGCAUGUUUCCUCUUAAUAUCUCUGUGGUCCUUAACCAUAUGUCUGAUGCCAUAUAACUGUAAAUAAAAUGUGUGAGUGUGCCAUUAAAUAAAAUAUUUUCUUUCUUUCUUUCCUUCAUCAUGUAUAGCACAUUCGUAAGGCUGUUCUGAAUUCUUUGUUACAAGAUACAUCCUUCACUCGCUAUGGUACCAGAUGAUAAAACAUCGGUCUUGCUUAAGUCACAUCAUGUUUAUGCAGAGCAGGUUUAUCCUAGUAGCACAUGCUAUGGGACCCGUGCUUCAGGGGGCCCCGCAGUGAUUGUUUUCCUCUCCCUGAGGGGGUUGCAAAAUAUAUAUCCUGGGAAGGUGGUCCUGCUGUUGUUUGUGCUACAGGCCCCACGGGCCCUGAAGCUAGAAGCCACAGUCAUGCACUCCAGCCAUGGUGACCUCUGAUGUGUAAUCAGAUAUAUUGUCCUGUGUGUAUCAUGCAUAUGGUCUCUUCUUGGUUAGGCCGAGAACAUUUUUGAUAACUCCUCAUAUCAAAUUCUGCCACCAAAAAUAACAAUAGUUUUUUUUUUUUUUUUUUUUGGUUUUGUAAUUAACCUUUUUUCUUUUUCUUUUUUAAUCUAAGUUAUAUUACUGGGCCAUAUAAUAGUUUAGUAAGUCUAGAUAUUUUUAACUGUUCACAUUUUCACAAAUACAUGUAUGUCUAUAGAAGCAUGUGUUUCAUGUAUAUUAUAUAGUUUUCAAAACUUUUCUUGAGUAAUAUGUGUGAUUUACUCCUUAGUCAACAUGUCUGUUAUAUUAGCAUUUUUUUUUUUUUUUUUAUAUUUAAUGAUGAUACAGUCCCAUAAUGGAAUUAAUUACACAAAAGUGUAAUAUGAGGAAUCUGUCUUCAGUUGUCUGAAGCUUGCUCAUUGGUGGCUGAUGUUUGUUAUAACAGACUUCAUUGGUUGAAACAUUUGAUGUAUUAUUUUACAUUGUAUUUGAUUUGGUAACUACUUUAACCAUUAUAAGAAGUUCACUAGUUAAAGAAAUAAAUGUAUUGUAUCAUAUUCCAUUUGACAGUUAUUGUUAUUAUUAGUAAUAGAUAAAAACUAAAAUAUUGGUUCCAAAAAAUCUUAAGGUAUUAUACAUUAUAUUUCAGUGGUUGAGUAUCAAAUUGCAGUUUGAUAGAAUGUAUUUGAUUGUUUUGUGUGAUACAAUGUAUUUGAUUGUUCAGUCAUGUGACUGCUAUAAGACAGUGGAAUGGUAUUUGAUUGUUCAGUCAUGUGACUGCUAUAAGACAGUGGAAUGGUAUUUGAUUGUUCAGUCAUGUGACUGCUAUAACAGUGUAAAGGAUGGCUUGUAUCAUGAUAUAUUGGAGCCACGAUAUAUCGAAAAACAUGUGUUCUUAAAUUGUCUCAGAGACUUGUGUCCCACCUCAUCACUCUCUUACUGUCUGUCUCUGUCUCCAUCCCUGUCCCACACUGUCACUACCUCUCUAUCUGAAUAAUGGCAGUUUAUGCACAUGUAUAUUCUAUUGUUAGUACAUCUGUGUGUAUCAUAGAAUAAAUCGUUCAGUUAG